AUGGGUCGCGUUAGAACGAAGACAGUCAAGAAGUCCGCAAAGGUCAUCAUUGAGCGCUACUACCCAAAGCUCACCCUCGACUUCGAGACCAACAAGCGAAUUUGCGAUGAGAUCGCUAUCAUUGCUUCCAAGCGUCUUCGUAACAAGAUUGCCGGAUACACCACCCAUCUGAUGAAGCGUAUCCAACGGGGUCCUGUCCGCGGUAUCUCCUUCAAGCUCCAAGAAGAAGAGCGUGAGCGCAAGGAUCAAUACGUCCCAGAGAUCUCUGCUCUGGACAUUUCCCAGACUGAGACUGGCCAGCUCGAGGUUGAUGCUGAUACUAAGGAUCUCCUCAAGAGCCUCGGUUUCGAUUCACUCAAAGUCAACGUCGUUGCUGUCGGUCAAGCUCAACAGUCGGAACGCCCUCGUCGCUUUAGAUAA